UCUUUCCCACGGAGCCAGCCCCAGAGAGCGUCCUCUGAGUGUGGCAUGAUGGCGAAGAUUAAGGCGAGAGACCUAGGUGGGAAGAAGAAGGAGGAGCAGCUGAAGCAGAUGAAGGUGGAGCUGUCCCAGCUGCAUGUUGCCAAAGUCACGGGCGGCAAGCUCUCCAAGAUCUGAGUAGUUCGCAAAACCAUUGCUCAAGUUCUCACUGUCAUUAACCAGACACAGAAAGAAAACCUCAGGAAAUUCGACAAGGGCAAGAAAUACAAGCCUUUGGAUCUGCGGCCCAAGAAAACUCGUGCCAUGUGUCGCCAGCUCAACAAGCAUGAGGAGAACCUCAAGACCAAGAAGCAGCAGAGGAAGGAACGGCAGUAGCCAAUGAGAACGUUUGCUGUCAAACCCUAAGCA